AUGGAGCUGAGCCAUUUGCUGACAUGGUUACUCAUGUGUUUGCUCCCGACAACGUUGACGGCACAAGCUGGUGCACCUGAGGGAGUUCUCAACUGCUGUGAGGGGGAUGUUCUUUUCUUGUUGGAUUCCUCUGGUAGCGUGUCAUCCUACGAGCACUCCCGCAUGCUCGACUUCCUGUCUGAGCUUCUCCUGCCAUUUUCUCUGGGGGAGGAUCAGGUGAGGAUUGGACUUGUACAGGUGGGCACCCAACCACGCCUUGAGUUUGGCUUUGAUGCCUUCCGCACGCAAAGCGGCCUGCAAGGAGCCUUGAGGAGCACCAAAGCCCUCAGGGGGGAUACCAACACUGUAGAAGCACUGAAAAUUGCAGAUCGAGUGUUGAGACCUGGACCUGGGGCAGGAGCCCGUCCGGGGCUUCCUAGAGUGCUGGUUUGGCUGACGGAUGGCGUGAAACCAGGUGAUGUGAUUGGCCCAAUGGAUGAGCUGAGGGAAGAAGGUGUGGCCGUGCUGGUGGUAUCCACUGGCCAUGGUAACUAUCAGGUGUUGAGGCAAGUUGUGUCUUCACCUGCUGAGAACCACCUGUACUUUGUGGACAUUGAUGACAUGAGCAUCAUUGUAGAGGACCUGCGGGACGCCAUCAUCGAAAUAAUCCGUGCUGAGCGUAUCAAUGUCCGGGAUGUGUCCUCCAAUGCCGCCACACUCCAGUGGCGACCUGUCCUCUCUGGGUUGGCGGGCUACUACGAGAUCCGCUUUGGUCCACUUCCCUCAGGUGGGACAGGAAGUGGAGGAAGUGGUACUGGGACCAGUCCAAGCACUGGUGGUAGUCAGUACCAGAGACUGGUCCAGUCGUCAGAUUCCAAUAGUGUCAGGCUAACAGGGCUGAAGUCUGACACGGUCUAUACUGCUACUUUGACACCGGAGUCAAAUGAACAAGCUUUCAACACUCUGUCGGUCACCUUCAGGACACAAUCAGAAGUACACAGUCCAGCUUUGGUCACGGUCUCUGAGUCGGGGUCGACCAGUGUUCGGGUGAGCUGGGGUCCUCUCCAGCCUGAGACAGUCACAAGUUACUACAUAGAAUACUCUGCCCUGCCGACUGGAAAGCUGCAUACUGUGACAGUGGACAAGCGGCAUAACUCCACGCUCCUCAAGAACCUUCAACCAGAUAGCACCUACUUGGUCACCGUUACUGCCAGGCAUUCAUCGGGCAAAGAGAAGGCAAUGUCAGUCAAAGUAUGCACACAGGAAGCCACUCCAGCCCUGGCUGACCUGCAGCUGACUACAGUGGACAGCAACUCUGUGCAGGUGAACUGGAGGGGCAGCUUUGAUGGUUUAAAGGGCUACUGGCUCACCUGGGAAGGGCAACAAAGAGUCGACCAGCGUUCAUCUUUCUACUUGCCGCCCAAUUCUCUGUCUACGCGACUUACUGAACUCCCUCCUUCAGCAAGGGUGUGCGUGUCACCCAUUUAUAAGACAGCAAGGGGAGAGGGACUGUGCUGCACGGCAAAAUUUUCCUCAGAUGCAGCAACGUACGGCUACCAAUCAUAG